AUGGGUUUCAACGGCACUCAUGUACAGGGCCUGCAAGAACCGGAAUGGGGGUUUUUACUCAAACUUAACAUGGAUUUUCAUGAUUACGUAUCAUCGUCAAAGUUCAUUAAGUUAACCGGGAUCGUGCUUCUUUGGCUUUUGGCUAUUGCCAUCUUCCAGCCUAAGAGACCCAGGAUUCCAGGCGCCCAAGUGCACGGGUCUAGGGGAUGGUGGGAACCUUCGUUUCUACUCAAGACUCGAUUCAUAUAUGACGCGUAUAAUAUCAUCAAUAGCGGAUACAAUAAGUUCAAGGAUGUUCCUUUCGUGCUGCGCCGUCAAGAUACCGACAUCCACGUCUUGCCAAUGAAGUACUUAGACGAGCUGCGGCUAAUUCCAAGGAACGAACUCAAUGGGAAGAUGGUUCAUUACAAUAACUUAUUCCGAAACUGGUCAUGGGCCUCAGUAAUUCGUGAUUCUGACUUGCACGUCACCGUGUUAACAAAAAAGCUGAACCCAGAUGUGACUAAAUACGUCGAUAUGGCAUAUGAGGAACUCGAGUACGCCUGGCACAUAGACGUACCCGAGCCCAUCGAAUGGACCGAAGUCGAUAUACAACACACCAUUCGCAUGCUUGUCGCCCGCAUGUCGGCAAAAGUGUUCGUGGGCCAUCCAGCGUGUCGUGAUCCUACGUGGCUAAGCCUGACGCUAAACUUCUCCGUGGAUCUGUUUCUGGCGAGUUUCACUUUGCGCAUGUUCCCGCCAUGGAUGCACUUCUUGGUCAAGCCAUUGAUUCCAGCGCGGUGGCGUAUACAGAAGCAGAUCGACAUCGGCACUAAGGUUGUCCGCCAAUACAUGCUAAAGCGCGAGGAACGGGUCAAGACAAGCCAAAGAUCGGAUGAUGGAACGCUAUUUGAGUGGAUGAUCGACCACGCGGUGGGAACUGAAGGCUCGUUGGAAGAACUAGCUGCCCGACAGUGCAUCCUGACACUUGCGAGCAUUCACACGACGGCUAUGACAGUGUCCAACGCUCUAUUUGACAUUGUUGCUCACCCCGAGUGGAUUGCCGUGCUAAGAGACGAAAUCGAUGAGACGCUCAAGACCCAUGGUGAGCUCAAUCAAAAUAUGCCAAUCAAACCGUGGCUCAAGCAUCUAGAGAAGAUGGAUAGCUUCAUUCUCGAAAGUCAACGACAUAAUCCGGCGAUCCUAUUGACACCACAGAGGCUAGCAAUGGUGCCUCUAACCUUAAAGGACGGGACUUAUAUCCCAAAGGGGACCCGUAUCGCGUGGGCCGGUCCCCAACAUGCCUUCGAUCCCGUCAUCACCCCGAAUCCCGACGAAUUUGACCCAAUGAGAAGCUACCGCAAACGGCAUGCCGACAACGGUGAGAAUCUUCACAAGUUUAUGGUAGGCCAAUCUGACCCCGAUAACAUGUCUUUCGGCUACGGGGGGCAAGUCUGCCCAGGUCGAUACUUUGCAGUCGGCGAGAUCAAGCUGGUAUUUAUGCGGCUGCUUCAAGAAUUUGAUUUUGCCUCACCGAAGGGAAAUAGGCAUCCCCGGAGCAUUCACGCUGACGAAAACGUACUCGUGAAUCCCUAUGUCAAGGUUAUGAUGAAGAAAAGAAAGCCUAAAGGCUCAGCAUCCCUUGCUGCUAUUGUCUCUGCAUUUGUCCCCACAUGGGUUACGGGUCUCAUCUUUGUUGCGAUAUUCAUCGUCAUUCGACGCUGGUAUCCUAAUAUCUAUGCUCCCCGAACCUUUAUCGAAAGUAUACCGGAGAAGGACCGGACUCCUUCUGCUGGUCGGUCGUAUUUCAAUUGGGUCCAUACCUUGCGCAAGGUUCCGGAUAAGUUCAUCUUGUAUCAUCAGUCUCUAGAUGCGUAUCUCUACCUUCGUUUCCUUCGAACAGUCAUCUUCGUCUGCUUCGUUGGUUGUUGUAUCACGUGGCCUAUUCUUAUGCCGGUGAACGCAACUGGUGGUGGUUCCUCAACCGAACUGGACAAGAUCGGCAUUGGGAACGUCAAGAAAAGGGGACAUCUAUACGCCCACGCAAUAAUUGCUUGGGUAUUUUUCAGCUUCGUUAUGUUUACAAUUGCUCGCGAGCGACUUUGGCUCAUUGGCCUCCGUCAAGCCUGGACCCUGUCGAAGCCUGUUGCAAACCGCCUUUCUUCACGCACCGUUCUCUUCCUAUCAGCCCCAAGAGAUGCCCUCGACGAAGGUAAUAUGUAUCGGUACUUUGGAGAUGGAGCUUUGCGCCUUUGGCCAGCGACUAAGGUCGACACGCUAGAGCAUCUGGUCUCGAAACGUAAAUCAAAAAUUGAGCAGCUUGAGGCAGCGGAGAUGGCUCUAAUCCGGAAGGCCAACCAUGAAGGUAGAAAACGGAUUAAAUCCCGGGCACAGGAUGGGCAUCCGCACUACGAUAAUCUUGAAGAUUCAGUUAAGAAAUCCAUAAGACCGCGCCAUAAACCAGACGUCUCGCCACUAAAUGAGAAAGUCGAUAGUAUCGAGUGGCUACGUGAAAAGAUAAAAGAGGAGGAAUCAAGCAUCGAGAAUGAGCGUAAUUCAUAUAAAAUUGGUGAGACUAACGGAUCAGCUGCAGUAUUCGUCGAGUUUAAGACAUGUGCGGAGGCUCAGCGGGCCUGUCAGCAAGUCGCGUCUAGCAACCUAUUAGCCCUUGGUCCCAGAUAUACCAGUGUUUCACCCCAAGAAAUCAUAUGGAAUAACCUCACCAUACCUCCUGCUCGCCGCAUCUCAGAAGAGGGUACUGCUCUGGCUAUUGUUAUAGCUCUGAUAGUUUUCUGGUCUAUUCCGAGUGGUAUCAUCGGCUUAAUCUCUAACAUCAGCUAUCUUGCGGAUAAUGUCGAAUGGUUGAGCUUCUUGAAGGAUUUACCUGAACCAGUCAUCGGCCUGCUAUCUGGCUUGAUACCUCCAUUGGCGACAAGUUGGCUAAGCAAGCUAGUGCCUAGCAUAUUCAGAUAUAUAUUCAAAUCGACUGGUAGCCCCACCAAUACUGCUGCUGAACUAAAGGUCCAAAGAUGGUACUACAUCUUCCAAGUGACACAAGUAUUUCUUGUCACUGCAGUUUUCUCCGGGGCGGCACCCGUCGCUGCACAGCUUUUGGAAAAGGCCAAAGAUCCCACCUCGAUCCCUGAACUACUAGCGAGACAGCUUCCGAAGGCAUCAAACUUCUACCUGACGUACUUCAUUAUCCAGGGCACUACCUCAGCUGCUGAUAACUUGCUUAACUAUUCGGAUCUUCUAAGUUAUCUUUUCUACGGUUAUUUCUUCGACAAAACUCCACGCCAGAAAUUUAACCGAUAUACAAGUAUGAAAGGGAUCGCAUGGGGCAAGCUGUAUCCAAAGUUUGCCAACUUUGCAAUUAUCGCAAUUGCAUACUCGUGUAUUGCGCCACUAGUGCUAGGUUUCGCGGCUGUCGGACUGGCCCUGUAUUACUUCUCCUACCGCUACAACCUCCUCUUCGUCAUCCAGCCGAAGAUAGAUACCAAAGGGCAGGCUUAUACACUCGCGUUGCAGCAUCUUCUCACGGGUGUCUAUAUAGCGGAGUUGUCCUUACUAGGUCUUUUCGGCUUGAGAAGAGCAACUGGUCCAUCUGUUAUAACUGGUUUCUUAUUCAUCGCGACGAUACUUUAUAACGUACUAACUAACAGGUACCUUGCGCCGCUUGAACAGUUCCUACCGGCCGACUUAGCUACGCUGACCGAAAGAGACGACGAAUCUACGCCGCUAUUAGCUUCCGCCGAAGAAGGACAGGCACACUCAACUUCUCGGAUUCAGCGUCUAGGACAACAGGCAAAUAUUCCGAAGCCCAUCGCGCAGCGCAUUCUAGACCCAAUAGCACAUUUCUUCGAACCGCAAGUUUUUGCCUCAUACCAGGCCAUGAGAGCAUGGCUGCAAGACGGGGACUUAUUUAACAGCGAAGAGGACGUCCCAGAGUACACGGAAGAGCAACUCCAGAAGGCAUAUUUAAACCCGGCCCUCACAAGUCCAACACCACUGAUCUGGAUCGCAAGGGAUCCGAUGGGCGUCAGCCAGAACGAAAUUACGGAAAAUGAGAAACAUGGUCUCAAGGCUAGCGAUCAGGGCGCCUGGCUUGAUGAGAGGGGUAAACUUAGAUGGAGCGUUAAAGAGUUUAAGGAGGUACCAAUCUGGAAGCGAGGUGUGACAUAUUGA